AUGUCUUUCCUUCAUGGAGUUCUCCAGACUGUGAAAGAUGAUGAGAGUGUUAAAACGUAUGAUAAAGAUGAUUUGAAGAUUACUAAAGUUAUUAGUGAUUUACAUAAUAGUGUAGGUAAAGGCCGUCAGGCCUUCCAGGCCGCCGUGCAUAAGGUUGGCAACAAGACUGGAGAGGUGACUGCGGAAUUAGGUAAAUACUACGAGAAGAUUUCACUGCUGGAUAACCAGCCGCUCCAAGUGCAGCUGCAGGAGUGGAGCAUAGUGCUCGGACGUAUAGCAGCAGAUUUAAUAAACAUUACAAAUAAUAAUCUUACUGACUUAGACAGCACAUUAGCAUCACAAAUAGCGCACGAAAUUAAGCCGAUUCAGAAAUCGGUGGAGGUGCUGCUUGGGGCGGCUAGGGAGGGUGAGCUUGAAAAACAAGUGCAAACUGUAGAUAAAACGUUGGAGAGGACAAAAAAUGAAAUCAAGAGAGACAUUAAAGAGAGGUUUAGUAAAAUCGAUGAGAGUGUUAAGGAUUUAGGGAAAAUAAGGGGACACUGCUUCAAGAAAAUUUGUGAUAAAUUGAAAGAUGCCAAGAUAUUUAUGGACAACGACUUCAAUAGGGAGUACGCAAAUGAAGUGAAAGGUUAUUUCGACAUGGUCAAAGAAGCUGUAAAUAAUGUUCAUACGACUUUGAGUAAAAAUAAAGGGGAUCUUGGCGAGUUGGUAACGCAGGCUCGGGCGAACUUUGUGGCGAUUAAAAAUGAUGUUGGGACUACAGACGCAGCACUGGGAGAUACUAUAUACGGUGGUUGGCAGUAUCUUAGGAUUCAUAUUCAGGGGCUUGUGGGAGACCUCAAUGGUACAGACCUUAUGCACCGUGGUCCCCCAAAAUCCGGUGUUCUUCGUGACAUUGUCGACGGCGUGUUGAAGUACGUCAAGGGGUUUGGCGAGAAGACUACACAAGAUGAUAGUUUUGAAAACACAGUCGAUGAGUGGAUAAAAGAGAUAUUAAGGGAGAAUGAAUAUGUGGGAGAGAAGGUGAAGGCGUACGUGGAAAAUAACAAAGCUUUGAGAGGGGAAUAUAAGGUUGAGGAUGCCAAAUCAUUUAGCGAAACUGCAAUUGUAAAAAUUGCAAAGCAUAUUGCUGGGAAGCUCGAAAGCGAAAAUGUGAUUGGUGAAGCCGUUCAAGAGGUCCAAGAACGGAUCAAAGCUGCAAACAGAGAUGCAGAUAAGAUUAAAGGGUAUAUUGAAGCUGCACAGUUCGUUUGCAGUGAGUUUAUUGGUGGUGUUGAGGAGGUUAUUCAAAAUGGUAGAAUCGGAUCAGUGAGUUUCGAUCAAAUAGCCGGGGAGAUUGAAGGCCAGUUAGGAGUAUCCAAUUCCGGCCUUAAAAAGUAUGAUCUUCAGGAAGCUAUCAAGCGAAUAAUGAUGAUGCUUUCCACCACCGCCAGCCAGGUUGCCAACGAACUGCAUCGAUUAGUCACUAAAUCCGAACUCGGCACCAAACUGAAACAGGCCAUAGAAAAAGUUGCAGAGAUUAGCAUGCAAUUUAACGGCGUGAAAGAUGAUGGCGCACGACCGCACGACUACGGCGAUAAUAUUCAAACAGUGUUGGAUCGGGUCGUGCAAAACAUCGAUCCACUCGGCAUUUUGUUAGGCAAAACUCUAAACACUGAUGGGUCCAUUCAGGGAAAGUUUAAGGAAAUCGAAGGGGACCUGAAAAGGCUUGACAACCUUAAGAAAGGAAAAGAGCAAGAAGGCAGCGUUGAAUACUAUAAGGAUAAAGCAGAAGAGAACAUGCGGGAGUUGAAAAGGGAAAUACAAAGCAAACUUGAAGCCAUCGAACAUGACGUAAAUAAUGCUAACGUGGAUUUACACAAUGCCAUAAAAGCGCUUCUAGAGACCUUGGAAGAAUCCCAAGAAGCAUGCUUAACAUCCGUCACCUCCGCCUUCGCCACCCUCACCGCCGAGGUCCGCGCUCUCUUUGCCCAGGGCCACAAAGCCGACCUGGCGGCGCUCAAAAAGCUGGUAGAGGAGCAGAAGGGAGAGAUAGAGAAAAUCAUCGAGAAGGAUAAAAGCAACGGUGUUAAGGGGCUUUUGAAGAGAGUAUACGGCGGAGAGUUUCCAAGUUCUGAAGUUCCUCCACCUGCUACACCUCAACCGGACACACUGCUCACCAAGCUGAAUGAAGCUUUAAGUCAGAAAGCUGACGGUCAAAAAGUCAGAGAUCUGGCCAACAAGUUUGAAGACUAUAUUGAUGGUAUUCUGCAGUACGCUGAGUAUCAAGUGAGUAGCCCGUCUGAGGAUCCGCGUAAGCGCAAUCCCACCGACCAGUCUGAGAGAGUGAGAGCCUUGAAGGGCGCACUGGACACUCUACUCACUUACCUCCGAAACAAUUCUACUAGAGAUUUUUGUUUUGAUCACAUUUCCACGUCUUAUUUAGAUGCUCUUAAUGCGUCUCUCCAUAAACUUUCCCCCGCCCACUUCCACGGCUUCCACAACCCGCUGCUCCUCGACGCCCUCAGGUCCGGCAUGGACAAAUUCACCGAGCAACUCUCCCACGCGUACGUGAAUACAUACAGUGGUAGAAUCCCUACUGAGAAGUGGGUGAUUGACAAAGUAAAUUCCGACAAAACACCACCCGAACAAGUCCUUUCCACCGAGGGCCGGAACUGCGCCAAGGUCUGCCUGACCAUACUGGAGGGGUUGAGAAGUGAUUUGUGGAAGUUGAGAAUCGAGUGUGAUCAAAGUAAAUCUCCGAAUGGAACACAAAUUAACAGAUAUAAACACACCUCAUUUGGCAAAUGGUUCCAUGAACGUGGUUAUACGGUAAAUUCCACUGAGGGCAAGCAGACCGGUGAGCUACAGGAUAAAAAGGAGAUGAACGGUGAGAAAAUUAAGAGUGAUUUACUUGAGAAGAAAAUUGAAAACGCCGACAAAGUUGAAUCACUUAAACAAUGGAAGGAUGAGCAGAACAAGAAUUCUAAGAGCAAACAGACUAAUGGUGACAUCACUCUCAUCGACAUUGUUGACUUCCUUCGUGACUUUUCUCGUACGUGUUACCGCUUCGGUCACUACUACAUUCCUUCCUCACCUAAGUCACCGUCCAACAUAUAUAACAUGCUUUGCUGGCUUGCCGGCCUGAAGUACAAUCACAUGUUUGACAGGAUUGACGAGCACUUCAAGGAACUGUUCGACAAACCUGACGCCGAGAAAGAUAAGGCAUAUAAAAACAUUGAUCAUACAGAACUUAGCCUAGAUGCAACCUCGCCAGUUACUCCUACUGCCACCUCAAAGAUUACCCCUAAAGAUCUAACAGACACACUCGGACAGGUUUGUUUAUUCUCACGCAAUGUACUCAUCGCCUUCCUUGGCAAUGGUCACGCUGAAGGGCGGUAUGCCGUUGACUUUAGCUGUAACUCAGAUAAUUUAUUAUAUCCCACCAAUGCUAGUGCCUGCUUCGACAUGCUCGUAGAUAUUCUGAAUAGAGUGUUUUGUCAAUUGCGAUUCUUAUGUAGCCAGUGUCAGAAUGGGCCCACUCUUGGCGGCUGGGCUGACUGCUGGUAUGGUCGUGGAGUAGGCGGAUCAGCGUGGCUGUGCAAUGAUAGACAGUGCCCUAACCAACAAGGUGACCCAAUGGCUACCCAAAACAGUAACCAAAAGCACACCCAAAAGUGUGACCAAAACUGUAACCAAAGUGUUAAGUGCGGCCUCAAAUCACCGUUGCAGUCCUUUUUGGAGGACGGUCUUCCUGGGUUCCUUCCUCAUUCAAUAACCUCUCCUGGUUGCAAGCUGACAUGUAGUCUAUCCAACCACAGGGGUAUCCCCUGUAAAACGCCGAUGGGCUUUAAUGAUAUUUCCCAAGUGGCGUCGCAUACGAAGAGAGCAUCGCAUCUCAAGGAUGCCCUUUCCUAUUUCUGCGGCCCAGGUUCUAACUUUAAAAAGUUGUGUUCAUACCUCUCGUGCCUCCUUCGCCGACCACCGCAAACUCUUGAUGAUAUGCUAGCGUUCUACUAUCAGUUCCUUAAGCACUGGGACAACAGAAAUGUUAGGCAGCAUAAGAGUGUCGCAUUUGAUGAUGCCGUUAAAAAAGCAAACUUCGGAGAUACCAAUACACAAUUAAACAUCGCGUCCAUUCAAAGCAGCAGUGCGCAUUCUGAGAAGCAUUCCAAAGGUGACCUCUUCAGCCUUACAGAUUGUAAUCAUCAGACGAAUUGGGGCCUACCAUGCGGUAAAUACUUACAUCCGCUUACAUUGGAUAUCCGUUCCAUAUUUUCGGAAAAUCGCGCUGGUAACUAUCUCUCCUGGGUGGUGUACUGUACUGAGACAUUCGUUUGUCUGCUCUACGAUUUGUACGCAUCAUGCAAAAAGUGUGAGACGCCUGGCAGCAGAUGCUGUGACAAGAGCUGUAUUAAAACGUGUACGGUAAAAUACACCAACGACCAAGGAGAUGCCGUUAUCCCCAAAGCAGGCACCAAUCACGAUGCUGAAUGCCAUUCCAUCGUAAAAUGCCCGGACACACAUCCUACGCUGUACAAAUAUGGCUUCACGUUCACCAGCCCAGACGGACUAAGCGGAGAAGGUAACGGAGGGAAAUACAAAAGAACGUGCAAAGAUUUCUGCGAAGCAUUGAAGAAGGUUCUUGACAAGGACUCCGUCUUAAUUCAACUAAUCAACGACAUCGAUGAAUUCAUCUGGAAGAUAAGAGAGAAAUUCUCCAUCACUCUAGUAGCCCUCUGGUCCCUCUCUUUGCUCUACCUGCUGCACAUCGCCGUCGUCCGCCUCGACGUCCUGAGGAUACGCUCCCACCUGCGCUCGCCCUCAAGCCACCGCAUCGCCGCACAGUCGCUACUCGCAGCGGCACGCGUCAGGGCACUCGCCAACGUCAAGUACUUCUCACCAUAA